GCGUGGGAUUGUGGUGUUGCCACUUUCAAUUUCGUCCCAGAGUCCACAACGCUUCCCAGUCUCGCAUCAAUGGCCGUGGCGAAUCUCCAGAGGCUCUCCUCUCAAAUCCAUCGUCUCCCUUCUCUCUCCUUCUUUUCCAAAUCCCUCAUUUCCAGAUCUUCUGCUUCGUCUUCCUCCUCCUCAUCUUCCAACAAGGUCGCCGACCGCAUCGUCAGGCUCUUCGCCAUCGAUCCCUACGGCCAGAAGCGCGAGGUCGUCGGCCUCGCCGGCCAGACCCUCCUCAAGGCCUUGGCCAACACUGGCCUCAUCGAUCCCGAGUCUCACCGCCUUGAAGAGAUCGACGCCUGUUCCGCCGAGUGCGAGGUCAACAUCGCUCAAGAGUGGUUGCAGAAGCUCCCUCCCCGAUCCUACGAUGAGGAGUAUGUGCUCAAACGGAACGCUAGGUCUAGGGUUUUGAACAAGCAUUCCCGCCUUGGAUGCCAGGUGGUGCUCACUCCGGAGCUUCAAGGUAUGGUCGUUGCAGUCCCUGAGCCAAAACCCUGGGAUAUUCCCUAGGAUUUUUCUGAAAUUAGGCUUGUUGGGUUUUUUUCUUUUCUUUUCUCGGAUUCAAUAAUGUCUAUCCAAUUUGGUGAAAUUAGAAAGACAGAAACUUGUUGAGUUCAAUGGUUGUUUUGUGGAAUGUAGCCCCUUUAAUUUAUUAUGUGGGCAUGUUGGAAUUUGUGUUUAAUAUAUUGGACUUCAAUUCGAGCAAUAGGCCUGAUAUGAAUAACUAUUGCAUUGUCGUUA